AAUCUUUAGUGUUCUUUUAUUUUUUUGAUUCAAAAUUGUUCAAAUUCCGAAUAAAAAUGGUGGAGCAACAAAAGAAGCGACUGGAGGACGCCAUCAGCGGCAUGAUCGAGGACAUGUACCGCACCCACUUGCGCAGGAUGCAGUCCACAAUGCACCGCUGUGCUGCCCGUUGCUGCGAUGAUGAGCGAGGAACGCUGGAGAGCGUCCAGAACUGCAUCGAGAAGUGUGCCGGACCCCUAAUGGAUGCACAGGACUAUCUACAGCACGAGCUGGGCCAGUUUCAGAACCGCCUCCAGAAUUGUGUGAGGGACUGCAACAGCGAUGCCCGGUCCCGACUGCCCAGCAACCCGAAUGACCGGGACAUGUCCCGAUCCCAGCACAUGUUCGAGAGCUGCACGGGCGGCUGUGUGGAGAAGCACAUAAACCUGAUCCCCGGGCUGCUCAAGUCGAUCAAGCAGACGCUGGACAGAGGUCCCCCCAAGAGAUCGCGCAACAUGGACGCCUAGUCACGAUGCAAUCCCCGUCCAAACCGCCCGAGGAUCGAUGCGAAUUAAAAACGCCACUAACACUUAGGAUACUCUAGACGAAACUGUAGGCCGGGGAGGCUUAUCGGAGCAGGGCUUAUCAGUGCCACGUGGCACGCGUCUGCCUGCUUGAAAUCCGGCUCCCGGACCUUUUUUGGGCCCUAGCUCAUUAAAUAUCUAGUAAUAAAGAUUCUUAGUAGUAUGCAACAA